ACUCUCGUCCCUGGCCCCGCCCCCUCCUCGGACAGCGCAGUAAAACCAGGAGAAGGGGCGGGGCCUAGGUGCCUCCUCCAUCCUCGGGAAGAGACCGGAGGGAUGUUCCCAGCUCAGGAAGAGGCCGACAGGACGGUGUUUGUGGGAAAUCUAGAGCCCCGUGUGCGGGAGGAGAUCCUUUACGAGCUGUUCCUUCAGGCUGGGCCAUUAACCAAAGUGACUAUAUGCAAAGACAGAGAAGGAAAGCCGAAGUCUUUUGGAUUUGUCUGCUUUAAACACCCAGAAUCCGUGUCUUAUGCCAUAGCUUUGCUGAAUGGAAUUCGCUUAUAUGGAAGACCAAUUAAUGUGCAGUACCGAUUUGGGAGUUCUCGCUCUUCUGAACCAGCUAACCAAAGUUUUGAGAGCUACAUUAAGAUAAAUUCACAGAGUUACAGAAAUGAAGAAAUUGUGGGCAGAUCUCCCUUUCCCAUGCAGUUCUUUCCACUCAACAAUGCAGCUUUACCUCAAGAUUUCUUCUCCUUUCAGAAGAUGCAGUGGCACACAUUUAAUCCUGCGCUGCAGCUGCCUUACUAUGAGAUGACAGCACCACUUCCUAAUAGCACAUCCGUGGCCUCAUCCCUAAAUCCUGUUCAAGAUCGAGAGGCUGGACCCAGCUCUUGUGAAUGGACUUACCAACAACAAAGUGACUCUGACCUUUAUCAGACCAACAAACGAAAGAGGCAAAACCAAAAUAGUGAUAGUGAUAGUAGCACAGAAAACAAUAGAGGAAACAAAUAUAACCAGAAGUUCCAGAAGUGUAAGAAGAAGAAAAGAUAUUAGUAUAACAUUCAAAUAAAAUUUAUCUACACUAACCUUAUUUCUCCUUAAAGAAAAAAAUGGAUUCUACUAGAUGACCAAUUUCAUGGCUUUCUUGUCUUUUUUGAACAAUACCAUGAUAUGAUAUCUGAUUUGCUUUCCAAUUUUUGUCUUGAGUGACAAAAACAAAAAUAGUAGAUUUAUAAUAUUGAUACUUUUGACCCAUGGUCAACAGAAAAUAGACCGUGAGUUGUUUUAGUUUAGUGCUGUUGAUGAAACUGCAGUAAGCUAUCAGUGAAAAGUCACUUCCUGAGCACUUGUGAGAAAGUCACCAUGCUCUCCCAGAUUUUCAUCUGAAACCCUCAGUUGUGAUUAGAAUGGAGUAGUAGAUUUUCUGAAAGAAGCCAGUGCAAAUGUUUAAGUAUUGCUUUUUCCUAAUGAUGAUGGAAUAAGUAGGCUUUCGUUUCUUUUGUUAAUAACAUUUUGAUGUCUAAAUAUGUUGAUCCUGAGCCUUACUACCCUACAGGUUUAUUUUACAAAAUGCAGAUACAUGAUGUGACACCAAAGGAAAGCUGAUUAUCACUACGCUAGUUUUUUGAUUAUUCCCUUUUCAUAUGAUUGUACAUGAGUAGGAAUACCUGACUGUUUAUCCUCACUUAUUAUUUGUUUUAUGAAAAUGAACUGGUUAUGUUAGUGUUUAUUAUCCAUCUCUUUUGCCAGCUGAGUUUUGAGAGUAUAUUUGACAUACUCAUUUCUUGAUAAGGAAGAAUAAAUAGAAAUAUU